CGACUACAAAUAUCCUCCUUCCUCUUUCCCCAUUCCUCAACUCAAUCUUUCCUUCAUUUCGUUCUUCACUCUCCACUCUUCACUAACAUUCUCAAUACCAUGCUCUCUUCACCACGACAUGCCUUCCUGAGGGUCUCUGCUGCAAAACAUAUCGCACAACUGCAACCAGCUCGGCACUUUGCCUCGUCUGCUGUUGCACGCACUAUCACCGUCAAUCUCCCAAAGGACUCUUUCAAGACCUACAACUGCGAGGCGCCGUCCUUGAAGGUCACUGUUAAGAAGGAUGAUCUCCUCCACAUGUACAAGAGCAUGGUCAUCAUGCGGCGAAUGGAGACAACAGCAGAUGGCCUCUACAAGUCAGGACUCAUCCGUGGGUUCUGCCAUCUCUGCACUGGUCAGGAGGCCGUAGGAGUAGGAUUGGAAUCUGCGUUAUCACCAGACGAUAAGGUGAUUACCGCAUACCGGGCCCAUGGAUUCACAUACAUGAUGGGUGGCAGUAUUCAUUCAAUCCUUGCAGAAGUCCUCGGACGCAAGACGGGCAUGUCUAAGGGCAAAGGCGGCUCCAUGCACAUGUUCACUCCCAGAUUCCAGGGAGGCAACGGUAUCGUCGGUGCACAGGUUCCGUUGGGCACAGGACUGGCCUUUGCUCAGAAGUAUCUCGAAAAAAAGGGCGCUGUAUUUACAUUCUAUGGUGACGGAGCAGCCAAUCAGGGUCAGGUCUUUGAGUCGUUCAACAUGGCCAAGCUUUGGGAUCUGCCCUGUGUUUUUGUUUGCGAAAACAAUCAGUAUGGAAUGGGUACAUCGGCGGAGAGGUCUUCUGCCAGUACGGAAUACUAUAAGCGCGCUGAGUACAUUCCAGGCAUCAAGGUGGACGGAAUGAACGUGCUUGCUGUCCACCAGGCGGUGGCUCAUGCCCGAGAGUGGGCAGUUUCAGGAAAGGGCCCCUUGGUACUCGAGACGGAAACCUACCGCUAUAGCGGUCAUUCCAUGUCCGAUCCAGGAACGACCUAUCGAAAGCGUGAGGAAAUUCAGCAAGUGCGCGCAGAGCAUGAUGCUAUCACAGGUCUGAAGCAGCUUUUGCUAGAACACAAAAUUGUCACUGAGGACGAUUGCAAGGCUAUCGACAAAGCAGCCCGUGCAGAGGUCGACAAGGCUACUGAGCAGGCCAAGGCAGAUCCGGAGCCGGACUUGGACUCAUUCUGGGAGCAUGUUUAUGUCAAGGGCACCGAGGUCCCCUUCCUCCGCGGACGCGAGCCUGAGGUUAUUCACCGCUACAAAUGAGCACACCAAGGAUUUCGAUGCAUAGAUUUUUCUGUGUCGAUUCGACACCCAUGACUCGCAAAGCAUCAUUCCAGACAGAGCCAUCAUGAACAUACACACACAUCCAUCCUCUCGAAUAUACAUUGUACUACUUAUCCACAACCAGGUUACAUAAAACUCAAAUCAUUAUUCGUCAG